GCGGUUCUUAUGAUCAUUAGCAUAGUUUGCACCAAGCCGUUGAUAUAUAUCAUCGUCAAGGUUUCUCUUAUACACAGAAACGGAAUACAACGCAUCACAGAACAGGUAGGCGUAUCGGGUAACAAUCGUCUUAUCAUUGUCCAUUCUCCCAUCGUCCAUGCCGCCAGCUAUCCUCGUCAAGCCGCUGGCUUAUCGGAUUCGGAGGACUGUAGCAAGAUUACCAAGGGAGUUUGUUGUCGAAACCGCAAGGAAAAGAGUAGAUUCCCUCCUUGCCGGUCCCUUGUUGUCAUAUCCUUUCCCCUCUUGAGUCAGCUCCGCUCCGCUCGCCGAGUGGAUCGUCAAUAUGUCCCGCGCACCUCGUCUGCUUUUUCUUCUACGAUCGUAUUUCGUAACGGAAACACCGAAGUGUAUGGCGUCGAAAUCAAGCUUUCUCCAAAAAGUGAGAAAAAAAGGAAAGACAAAAGCCAUCUGAAAAGAAGAGAAAAUCGGCGGUAAUUGUACAUUAUCUUAGAGAAAACGGAAUUGGGCACAUGCGCUCAAACUCAGCGAUGUCCAUCGACCCCAUCAUGAAUAAAAAUAACCAUUGUGCCCCUGUUUACUCUUGUACAGAUACGGCUAAGAACAAACAGGGAGCGGCCAUGUUACAUAGUGUAUCAUCAGAAAGGAAGAACCCAUGAACUCAGCAAGGCAAAAAGAAAAGCGCAAAAAAAUAAAAUAAAAAAACCGG